AAUAUGACUGACGGCAAGUCGAAUGUGACCGGGGACCCUUUGUUGACGCAAAAUGUAAAAGGCCAGUGGGACAACCCUUACAUUUUACCCUGGUGGCAACAGUUAGUUUUCAUCCUCGCCUUUGUGGUUAUGUUUAUCGUUGCGGUUGUGGGUAACUUUGUCGUAAUUUGGAUAGUACUGGCGCACAAACGAAUGCGCACUGUGACAAAUUACUUUCUGGUGAAUCUCGCUAUUGCCGACGGCUUGAUAUCCUUAUUCAAUACCCUUUUUAACACAGUCUACUUACUCUACGGGAACUGGCCUUUCGGGAGGAAUUACUGUAAAUUUAGCAUGUUCAUCUCCCCAUGUACCAUAUCUGCCAGUGUGUUUACCUUUGUGGCAAUAGCCCUUGACAGAUACAUGGCGAUAAUCCAUCCACUAAAACCUCGCUGGCCAGCCCGUGUUGUCAUUGGAAUAAUCGGGGCCAUCUGGUUCACCUCCAUCGGUAUUUCCUUGCCCAACCUUAUGUUUGCGGAGACGCACAGCUACCGUUACGACAGUGGACGAAUAAGAACCAUUUGUGUUUUGAACUGGCCUGACGGCGUGUACAAAACUAUGGAUUUUGUGUAUAAUGUGGUUUUACUGGUGUUAAACUAUUUCCUGCCGAUGAUCAUUCUGGCUAUUGCCUACGUCAUCGUGGGCGUUCACCUGUGGCACAGCCGGAGUAUUGGGGAGAAAACACCCAGACAGAUCGAGAGUGUCAAGUCCAAACGGAAGGUGGUCAAGAUGCUCAUCAUUGUUGUGGUGAUUUUCGGGAUUUGCUGGCUGCCGAUGCAUGUUUACUUCGUUCUGACGAAUUUCUGCGAAAACAUCGGCAUUUACCCGCACAUCCAGCAGAUCUACUUGGUAAUAUUCUGGAUGGCUAUGAGCAACUCUAUGUACAACCCCAUCAUAUAUUGCUGGAUGAAUACCCGAUUUCGGAAAGGCUUUAAGUACGUAUUUCGAUGUUGUCCUUUUGUGACUUGGGGGCCAAAAGAUAGUCUCCUGCACAUCGGGGGCACAACGGUUCGCCAGAGUUGGGGCGGUACCGAGUGCAAACUAGAACGCAACGGUUCCACCAUGCAUACUCUGGACGAAAGUUUGGACGAAACGACUUGCUACAACUAUUCUCACAGCCGAUAUCCCAGAGAAGGCCGAUACAACGGCAUGGCUGAGAACUCCAUGUAGUGUAGCAGAGAGUUGAGUGGGACAGUGUGUUACAGCGAACAGCGUCAGGCGGCGUUUAGCCGGAAACACGGCCUCACCAGAGACGCGAACCGAUUUCAGCAUUUUUUGUUCCUUCUGUCAUCCGGUAUCGGUUAGGCACGUGAUCCGUCUUGGGCUUUCUGUUUGCAAUCAAUACGUCCGAUCCACGAAUAAAUCACCGUGAAAUGGCGGGCUAUUAUAGGGUCAAAAUCAUUGGUAGAGGGACUUGCAGCUUGUUUUUCAUACACUAAGUAUUGGCCAUCGUUGAACUGUAAAUAGUAUGUGUGUACACAGGGUGAGAGCAACAAGAGGACUUGACGAGGAUUUUCCUUGUGCGCAUAAUGGUGAUUGUCCAAGGGUUUUUCGGUUGUGUCGACAAUAUAUGGCCAUUAGAAACAUUUGCUUUAUUGUAUGGGCCUUGUAUUGUUUAUGAGAACAAUUUAACCGAUCGUGGAACGAUAUGGUAAAAAGAGAUCGAUACAUCAAUGAAAGGUGUUUGCUAUCUUUCCCGUAUGGGCUAGAUAUUUAAUGAUUCCAGCUCACCGAUUUUGUUAUUUCACUUCCUCCACGGUUCUAGUCCUUAUUCACUGACCUCUUGUAUUUCGUCGUAUCAUGUAGCACAGGUGAGGACAUGUGCAAUUGUGCAUACGACUGUUCAGUUAAUGUUUGUGUAUGCCAUUCGUACUGUCCUUUGAAGCUUAUUCUAUGAACCGCUUAUACCAUUGUCCAUUUUCCCUUCCACAUGUAAUUGUACCUUAUCUGUAUCAGCUUGUAUAGUUAUUCUGCAGAAAUGUUGCGUUGUUAAACCUAUUACCGUGUGGGCAAUAUCAGGAAAAUAAAUAUGUAUAUGUUCAUAACGAACUGCAUCGCCAUGAACAAAAGAUCGUUUCCCUUCACAGACAUUUCGCUUCCUAGCUGAUCUAUCUGAGAUAUACAACCCGCUCGCAGAUAUCAUUAGUCCUGUGAGGACUAUGCGUGCACACAAUUACUUAGGAUUGCUGAUCACUGAGUAUGUUUUGCAUAUCGUAGUCAUGUCAGUAAGCGAACAUAUUGCAUCACUGGUAUGCAUGCCUAUUCAUAUAUCAGCCUUUAUGGGAAAAUGAUUGUAGUGCUUUAUUCAGUUUUAAGCCAUUAAUUGUCAAGGAACUUUGAAGGAAACGAUAUAACG